AUAAACCUGAUAAGAAAAAAAAAAAAAGGCCCAUACCAACCUAUAAAAUUCCAAUUCCCACAUCGAUUACCAGCGAUUAAAUAAAAAAUUUAAAUAUCAGUUUAAUACCAAUCGUGAUUUUUCCAAAAAUUCAUAUCGAGAAAUUUAAUCUCCUAUAAAAUAAAACCCUGUUUAGUUAGCUUUUAAUAUUGGUGAAGUUAGGUUUUAAUCAGUUUAAUCAAUAAUUUCGUCCGUUAAAAUUUCAAAUAGCAAAUAACCGUCUAUAAUAACUUUAACGGUCAUUUUACGUUUGUCUUUGUCGCUUUUAUUAGGAAGUUGGUAUUUGGUUCAUCUUAACAUUUGAAAAUACUGAAUGCUGCUUACAAAAAUCUUCCAAAUAUAUUGUAUGCAGUAAACACCAUGGAUUUUGUUGUGAUGGUCAUUGGUUGAUGAUAGCAUUGAUUAUACAUAGUAUAAUACUAUGUAUAAUCAAUGAUGAUAGCUAUUUUGAUGACAUCUUGAAAAUUGCAAUACUUAACUUAACCAUAACUUUGUCUUUUUUAUUAAACAGUUACACAUAUUUUUAUGAAUAUUUUAAUAACUAUACAGUUAUUCUGUUUAGGAAAAUUGAAUAUAUCUGAAAAUUGCAUGGCAGUUAUGGCUGGAAGAAUCUGCAAUGUUGUUAAGUCAAAUAUUUAUAAAGCAUAUCAAAUAACUUAAAACUUUUUCUUAUUAAUAAUUCAUGAAUUAUUAACUGUGGAAGACACUGAAAAUAAGAUUAACAAUUAAUCUCUAUUUUUAUUACCUAAAUUAUGUACCUAUGUGUUCUAACUGAAAUAGCUUCAGUUUAUGUAAAGUGAAUAAUUAUUAAUGAAUUAUUUUAAGAGUUGUUAAUAUUAUGUGAAUGUAACAAAACAAAUAAUUAUGUUAAUUAGAUAUUUUAUCAUAUCUGUGAAUGACUGUGAUACUAAUACAAAUUUUUUAAUUUAUUAUAUAGCCUGAUACAUCUACCAUUUACCUGCCACUUACCUACGAGAAAAAAAAAACAGUUUUUUUUAAGACUAACUUCUGCGAUUUUACUGUAAGUAAAAGAAAUAAACGGUUUUUCUCAAGACCAAUCUCUGUGACUUGCCUAUAAGUAUAUAUAAAAGGUUUUUCUUAAAACCAACCGACUUUAUAUUUAUACAUAUAUUUCUUUUGUUUGUUUAAUAUUUUUUUAAGUUUUGUUUAGCAUAGUAAAAUGGCAUUGAGAGAUCAUGACUAUGUCAUUCCAGCCAAUCACGAAGAAGUCGGUCUCCCAGCUCAUUUGUUGGAUCAUGAUUAUUUUCGUCCAGUUGUUUACGAGAACAACCCGAAUGAAGAACUCACCGAUGAAGAAGUAGAAGUACUUGAAAAUGAAAGAGUUCCAGCAGAUGAAGAAGUGCUUGAAGAAGAAGAUCCAGAAGAUAAUCCUUUGAAUCAAGUACCAGUUACUUACAGACUGAUCCCGGGGGUUCAUCAUGGUUCUAGGGUUUAUAUUGAUAAUUUAGGAUUUAAGUACUACAAGCGCGAAGCCAGAAUUAACCGGAUAUAUUUGGUAUGUGAAAGGCAAAAAAGUCGGGUACAUGAUUAUUGUCCUUGUACAGCAUCGGUAAGUACAGAACCUGUUGACAAUAGAAUUAGAAUUCGAAAUCGACACAACCACGAACCUGCAGAUAUCAAUUUACAUGUGCCUUUCUUGAGAGAAGCAAUUGGUGCAAGGGGCAUUGAUCCUGAAAACAUGUCUGUUUCAGUUAGGACUGCAUACAACAAUGCAAUUGUUCAGUAAGUUUUUGAAUUAAUAUUUUAUUUAACUAACUAUUUCGUUUAUUUAAACAUUAUUCGCUUACUUACUUAUAUAUUUUUAAUCACAGUUAGGUAGGUAACUGAUAAAUUUGCAAGUAUUAUGAUAAAGUUGUUAAACAUUCCUUGUUCUAAGUUAUUUACUUGGUUAUUUAUU